CUCUCGCCCUCGCCUGCAGCCGGAGGAUGAGUCGAGAGGGCUGAGCGGAGAGUGUGGUCCUCGGCGGCUGGAAGCAUUCAGCAAGACAUGGUGGUGAACCUGAGUCUAAGUCUUCAUGAGUGAGAGGCUCCUUUGCACAAUAAAAGCACUCAAAAAGAGUGAAUGAAAUGCGCAGCUCUGGGUGUCGUUCCUGAAGGGAGGUGCCGUUCCCUUGCAGAGGAGCCCUCCAUGAGCCUGGCCGAGGCCCGGGAUCUGUGUGACGUGGACUAAGGAUUUAGUAGGAUGUCAACUGAGACAGAACUUCAAGUAGCUGUGAAAACCAGCACCAAGAAAGACUCCAAAAAGAAAGGUCAGGACCGCAGUGAAGCCACUUUGAUAAAGAGGUUUAAAGGUGAAGGGGUCCGGUACAAAGCCAAACUGAUUGGGAUUGAUGAGGUUUCCGCAGCUCGGGGAGACAAGUUAUGUCAAGAUUCCAUGAUGAAACUCAAGGGUGUUGUUGCUGGCGCUCGUUCCAAAGGAGAACACAAACAGAAAAUCUUUUUAACCAUCUCCUUUGGAGGAAUCAAAAUCUUUGAUGAGAAGACAGGGGCCCUUCAGCAUCAUCAUGCUGUUCAUGAAAUUUCCUACAUUGCAAAGGACAUCACAGACCACCGGGCCUUUGGAUACGUUUGCGGGAAGGAAGGGAAUCACAGAUUUGUGGCCAUAAAAACAGCCCAGGCGGCUGAACCUGUUAUUCUCGACUUGAGAGAUCUCUUUCAACUCAUUUAUGAAUUGAAGCAAAGAGAAGAAUUGGAAAAAAAGGCACAAAAGGAUAAGCAGUGUGAACAAGCUGUAUACCAGACAAUUUUGGAAGAGGAUGUUGAAGAUCCCGUUUACCAGUACAUUGUGUUUGAGGCUGGACACGAGCCAAUCCGUGACCCUGAAACAGAAGAAAACAUUUAUCAGGUUCCCACCAGCCAAAAGAAGGAAGGUGUUUAUGAUGUGCCAAAAAGUCAACCUGUAAGUAAUGGCCACCAGUUUGUGGAUUUUGACGAGCGGUUUGCUGCAGCCACCCCGAACAGAAACUUACCGAUGGACUUUGAUGAGAUUUUUGAAGCGACAAAGGCUGUGACCCAAUUAGAACUUUUUGGGGACAUGUCCACCCCUCCCGAUAUAACCUCUCCCCCCACUCCUGCAACUCCAGGUGAUGCCUUUAUCCCGUCUUCAUCUCAGACGCUUCCGGCAAGUGCAGACAUGUUUGGUUCUGUACCUUUCGGCACUGCUGCUGUACCCUCAGGUUAUGUCGCCAUGGGUGCCGUCCUCCCAUCCUUCUGGGGCCAGCAGCCCCUCGUCCAACAGCAGAUCGCCAUGGGUGCUCAGCCACCAGUCGCUCAGGUGAUGCCGGGGGCUCAGCCCAUCGCAUGGGGCCAGCCGGGUCUCUUCCCCGCCACCCAGCAGCCCUGGCCAGCUGUUGCCGGGCAGUUUCCGCCAGCCGCCUUCAUGCCCACACAAACUGUUAUGCCUUUGCCAGCCGCCAUGUUCCAAGGUCCCCUCACCCCUCUUGCAACCGUCCCCGCCACGAGUGACUCCACCAGGUCAAGUCCACAGACCGACAAGUCCAGGCAGAAAAUGGGGAAGGAAAUGUUUAAGGAUUUCCAGAUGGCCCAGCCUCCCCCUGUGCCCUCCCGCAAACCCGACCAACCCUCCCUCACCUGUACCUCAGAGGCCUUCUCCAGUUACUUCAGCAAAGUCGGGGUGGCACAGGAUACAGACGACUGUGAUGACUUUGACAUCUCCCAGUUGAAUUUGACCCCUGUGACUUCUACUACACCAUCGACCAACUCACCACCAACCCCAGCCCCUAGACAGAGCUCUCCAUCCAAAUCAUCUGCAUCCCACGCCAGUGACCCCACUACAGAUGACAUCUUCGAAGAGGGCUUUGAAAGUCCCAGCAAAAGCGAAGAACAAGAAGCUCCUGAUGGAUCACAGGCCUCAUCCAACAGUGAUCCAUUUGGUGAGCCCAGUGGGGAGCCCAGUGGUGAUAAUAUAAGUCCACAGGCCGGUAGCUAGAUAGCACAGGUCUGGGAGUCGGAGCCUCUCUAUGCGCAGAUCAACAGACCUAAGAAAUAGCAUCGAAGCGGGCUCAUGGUGGGUGCUUCAAGACUGGCAUGAAAAUCAGCAUUGCAACAGGCUCUCUUGUAUUCUUUCACCUCACCUCAUCCCACAGAGAAACUCACGAUUGCCCAAUGGAACUUGUUCGGAAGAGGGAACAUAGAAACAGUUUUUGGCAACCAAUGGCAGAUAUCUAUGGCAGCACAAAAAAAAAAAAAAAAAAAAAAAAAG